ACAGGCCCUAAGUUUACCAGUUACCACUACCAUUCCUUCCCCUUUUACAGUAAAAUUGGAAGUCCCGACACGAAUUGACACAGUAGUCGGCCCACAAAGGUCACUUCAGUGAAUUCAAUGGGGUUGGCAGGGGCAACACAUCUUUUCGGACACCAGAAACCCAGUGACAACCACCCAAGUAGCCAAAACCCUACUGUUUGAGUUUUGCUCAGGUUUUUCUGCUAACGAAGCCAAACCCAGAUCAAUUCUCAAUUAAAAUCACACAAGCACACGGCCAAAAAGAUAAAGGUAGAAACUUUACUGGAUAAUGCAAGGAUCUGUGCUUCAGCCAGAGCCUGAUGAUGAGGAAUUAAAGCUCAAGCUACUGUUCAAUGGGAAACUCUGAAAAUACUCCUAUGCUAUUCUUUAUCUUCUUCUUCUUCAUAUUCACUUCCACUUCUCUCUCUACUGCUCAGAAAGACAGAGACACAGAACCCUUUGUGGGGGUUAACAUAGGCACGGACGUGUCGAAUCUUGUGUCUCCAACGGAUCUUGUUUCGUUUCUCCAAGUGCAGAAGAUAACCCACGUCAGGCUCUACGAUGCAGACCCUGACAUCCUCAACGCACUGUCCAAAACCAAGAUCCGGGUCAUCGUUAGCGUUCCCAACAACCAGCUACUCGCCAUUGGCUCCUCCAAUGCCUCCGCCGCCUCCUGGAUUGGUCGGAAUGUUCUUGCUUACUACCCGGAAACUCUCAUCACCGCCGUUGCUGUCGGCGAUGAGGUAUUGACAACAAUUCCAUCUUCAGCUCCCCUGCUUAUGCCCGCGAUAGAGUCACUUUACAGUGCAUUAGUGGCUGCAAAUCUGCAUAAUGAAAUCAAGGUUUCGACUCCUCAUGCGGCUUCGAUUAUUUUGGACCCUUUCCCUCCUUCUCAGUCAUUCUUCAACCAGAGUUUGAGUUCAAUUAUGGUGCCUAUGCUUCAGUUUUUAUCAAGAACUGGGUCUCCUUUGAUGAUGAAUAUGUAUCCUUACUAUGUGUAUAUGGAAAACAAAGGGGUUGUGCCUCUUGAUAAUGCUUUGUUCAAGCCCCCGACUCCGAGCAAAGAAAUGGUGGAUCCUAACACUUUGUUGCACUAUACCAAUGUGUUGGAUGCAAUGAUUGAUGCUGCCUACUAUUCAAUGAAGAACUUGAAUGUUACUGAUGUUGUGGUGCUUGUAACUGAAAGUGGUUGGCCUUCAAAGGGUGAUUCUAAAGAGCCUUAUGCUACUAUUAACAAUGCAGAUACUUACAAUUCGAAUCUGAUUAAGCAUGUUUUUGAUCAGAGUGGAACUCCUCUCCACCCAGAAAUUACUUCUAGUGUGUAUAUAUAUGAAUUGUUCAAUGAGGAUUUGAGGUCACCGCCAGUAUCAGAGGCUAAUUGGGGGUUGUUUCAUGGGAAUUCGACUCCGGUAUAUUUGCUUCAUGUAUCAGGGAGUGGGACUUUUUUGGCUAAUGAUACAACAAACCAGACUUAUUGUAUUGCCAUGGAUACUGUCGAUUCAAAGACCAUACAGGCAGCACUGGAUUGGGCUUGUGGUCCAGGGAGGGCUAAUUGUAGUGAGAUUCAGCCGGGGGAGACUUGCUACCAACCAAAUAAUGUGAGGAGCCACGCCUCAUAUGCAUUUGAUAGCUAUUUUCAGAAGGAAGGCAGGGCUGCUGGUUCAUGUGACUUCAAGGGUGCAGCCACAAUCACAACCACCGACCCAAGUCAUGGAAACUGUAUAUUUCCCGGAAGUAAGAAGGUGAACAACAAAACAAGAGCAAUGGUGAACUCUACAACUGAAGCAAGUGGUGCAGCAGAUAGAUUAAGAUUCAUCACUUUUAGCAGAACUCGACUAAGUUCAAUCAAUAACAUUCUGCGCGUCGUUGUGUAUUUAACUUUCUAUAACUUAUUAUACAUUCCUUCUGUAAGUCUGCCAUGAAGUGCAGAAAUAAAACUAUUUUUUGAAAUGUAAUGCUAGUUAUUAUUUCCUUUUUCAUUAGGGAGUGUGCAACAAUGAUGCUUGUUUGGAGCGCUUUUUCUCUGUAACUAAGAAAGUUUGAGAAAAGCAAUUAGCACUUGGAAGA